UUUUGGGCCGUUGUCCUGGCAGCAGCUGUUAGCCUCGUUAGCAUCUGUAGCAGAAACAUGUCUGCCGCGGAGGACGACACGGAACUACGGGACCUGCUGAUCCAGAACCUGGAGAACAGCGGAGCUCUGAACAAGCUGAAGGCCGAGAUGAGAGCAGCAGUGUUUCUGGCCAUGGAGGAGCAGGACAAACUGGAGAAUAAAAGUCCGUUGGUCAACGAGAGCCUGAAGAAAUGUCUCAACACCAAAGAUGGUCGUCUGGUGGCGAGUCUGAUUGUGGACUUCCUGCAGGUCUUUAACCUGGACUUCACCCUCGCCGUCUUCCAGCCGGAGAUCAACUCGAUCAACGGUCUGGACGGUCGGGAUCAGGUCUGCGGGGAGCUCAGCAUCUCCGACACGGACCUGAACAGGAAGACUCCGUUACUGUUGGAGCUCGUGAGGAGGGGGCGCCACCGAGACAAAGCGGCCUCCCUGCCUGAGGGAGACCGCGGAGGGAGCAUCCCCAAGGAGCUAACUCAGAAACAGAUCACAAAUGCCAGGAAGAAGUUUGACUUUUACGACAAGGAGCACAGCGGCUCGGUGCUGAGAGAAGAUCUGAAGAACGUCUUCACGGACUUGUUCCCCACUGUCAGCAGGAACGUGUUGGAGAGGUUCAUCACUGAUGAGCUCAGAGCGUCAGAGAAACACUUCUCUACAAAGGUAGACUUCCAGCUCUUCCUUGGGAUGUACAGGCGUCUCUUCGCUCAGUGCAGGGCGGUGGUGCUUCAGGAUGCCGAGGUGGGUGCAGUUCACAGCCAGUUACCUGAGCAGAGAGUCAGCCCUCCACCUGUCAGCAAGAUUCCCAGGUAUAAAGGCCUCAGAGGACAGAGUCAGACAGCAGCCCAGGACCCAGAGCGCCCUGUGAGUAAAGGAGACUGCCAGCAGAAGGAGGAGGUCUCUGCCGACAGGAGGGACCACCUGGACCUGGACCUGGAGGGGGAGGAAGACCUCGAUGAAGGAGAUUCUUUCUUUGACGACCCGCUGCCCAAACCACAGAAGACUUAUGGCUGUCAGAGUCCGUUUGGGGAAAAGGACUCCUCUGAUAGGACGAGCAGUCACAAAGAUGUCGUCCCUCUGGUGGAGGAGAGUCCUUCUGGGUCCAUUGUCUCCUCCAUGAGACGAGGCAGAAGUCUGAGCGAUCUGUCUGUCCUGGCUGCUGACUCGGAGGGCGAGCAGGAUGAGCCUCACUCUGACCGCUCUGAGCUCAGGAAGGUGGAGGUGUCCGGGUCCCGAGGGAGUGCAGCAGGGUCCCUGCCUGAGGCUCAGAGACCGGCAUCAGGAGGAGGAGGGAGCAGCACAUCAGAGCCGAGCCUCAGCAGGAACGGAGCGUCUCAGUCCAGAGAGAGAGGCUUCAAGGCUCCCAAUGACAGAACUGGAUCUCUGCAUUUAGAUGACGAGGUCGAGUACGACGACGACUUCAACAGUCACCGGUCUGACCUCUCCAAGAGCGAGCUGAGCAUCGGCGAGGAGAUCGAGGAGGUUUCCAUCGAGGGCCCUGACCACAGCGGGAAGUUCGAUGAGUCCACUCAGGACCUCAGCGUCUCUCAGCUCAGUCAAAGUCACGGAGCCGACUACAUGGAAGACGUGCCCUGAUGCUCCCAUCAUGCACUGCUCUUUAUUUUCCCAACAUGCCCCUCUUUUUUUUUGUGCCCUGAUAUUUAAGUGUGUACAGUCUCAGUGAAGCAAUAAAUCCAUGUGUUGGACCUCA